UCCCUAGAGCUAAUUCAGUGAAUCGUCCAAAUCUAAAUCCAUGGACAGAGCAACUCACGCAGCUCAGGGAUUCUGUCCUUAUAGACAAAGCAAUGGGAAAUGUAGAAAGAAUUAAAACACAAUCUGCAAAACCUUCUACUGUCCAUUUUGCUUCUGGUUAUUCCUGACAGCAGAGUACGCGCCAUCUGCGUGCCCUUUCUUUGCAGAUGCAACAGUGACCCACUCUGCCAACUCAUCACAAGGGACAGUCAAGCCGGACUGACGUCAUCCAUCCAUCCUCUGUAAUCGAAACAGACGCUAAUCCUCUGCUUCAAAGCCUUGCACUAGGGUGGGGUGGACAAGGGAAACAUGGUCAGGGAGACGUAAAGAAGGAAUGUUGCAGACCUGGGAGCGCGUGUAGGCUUUGAGAGGGCAAACAGAGACAGCAGUGACCAGGAAUAGUGGGAUACAACGCUACGGGGGAAAACUAGACCCACAGUCUCCAGCUUGAUCUCCUCUGAAACUCCUUACAUCCUUGAGAGUUUGGGACCCCCGCCAUCUCCAUCCAGGCUUCGCCCUGGAGGCCUUAAACUCUGGUGAGGGCUCUGCAGAGGGGGAAUGCUGUGGCGGCUGCUCACCUCCACCUGCAAACCCUCUUGUGUCACCUGUUCUCACCGUGGAGGGGCCUGGCUUCACGACUGUGGAACUGUGCCAAGAUGGAGAAGACACAUACUUGACUGCAACAGAGAGAGAAAUGGAUGAGAUGAGCGGUCAAGAUCCGUCCUGUACAGAGGUGCAGAGGAAGGACCCAAAAGUACUUUUCCAGAUCUUCCCUGAACCGGUUGAGUCUUCCCAGAGGUCGGAAACGUCUUUGAACAGCCUGGACCACAACCACCAGAAGGAGCGCCUGCCCUCCAUUGUUGUAGAACCCACUGAAUUGAGUGAAGUGGAAAGCGGCGAGCUGCGCUGGCCUCCAGAGAACUUAGACAUGGAGGAUGAUGAAGAGGACCUGUUCUUAGAGCAGUGCAUCCCUCCGGCCAAUAUUGCUGACUGGGGAGAUGAGGAGGAAGAGGAGGGGACGUCGGUGAUCCUGAACCAGCAGCCGGGCCUGACCCUCAUUGACCUCCAGGCCGACGCGUUUCGAGACGACACUCCAACACUUCCUCCGAGCAGCACUCCAGCCUUCAACUGACUUCCCACUUCCACUCACCUUGUAAGGAAACAUCUGACAUGAACUGUGUCAGCAGAAACAACACAUCCUCACAGUAAAACAGGACAAUCACAUUUUUGAUGAAAUGUUAGCUUGAUGUGCAAACACACAUGCAAAGCAAGUAUAUUUUGUUUAUUUAUUUUGGUAAAAAUAACUCUUUAAACUAUUAUUUGUUAAUUAUGGGAACAUUUUGCUGAUCGUUGUAAGUUUGUGUUUCAUUUCCUCUUUUGUUUCCUCAAUUUUUUAAGAUUGCUGAUGUAACUAAGCUAAAAAAAAAGCACAGAUCAUGCAUCAGUAAGACAUACUUUUGUUUAUACUCUGCCCUCAGUUAAGCAUCUUUGUUUUGACAUAACAUUAAGGAUUUAACCGUGUAACACUUGAGGUGACGCUUGAAUACAAAACUUUAACAUAUAUCAACUCAUAUAUCAGCUCACGCCGCUUUUCUCCUUCAAAAUCUACUGGAAUUAUCAUGUUAACGGUUGAAAAGCUACAAUAAAUCAAAGAACAUAAACACUGGAGCUCCAGUGUUUAAAGGUUAAAGUAUACCCUGAUGGUCCUCACAUAUGGAGUGAUUAAUUUUUGCAUCAGGAGGAAGAAAAUCAUAUUUUUGCUAACAUGUACAUUUAAAAUGUCGAUCAAGGCUAUUUCCAGUUUACCUUUAACAGUUAUUGUUGGUCCUUCCUAGCUUCAUUUGGAUCUGCUGGAUCUUCAAUGGUUAAAGCGGCGUUGCAUGACCCAUAGGUGCUCUCCGCCCAUAUCUUCGUUGCCCCUUUAUUACCUGUCCUCACUAGCAUUUCAAAAUGGUGACUUUUCUGUUGGUUUCAGCUCCACAGCAGCCAUUUUGUUUGUCAUGGUUUGGUCACAUGGGGGUAGAGAACAGGUUUGUCACUUUUAGAAAAAUCUGCAAAAUUUUGGGAUUUCUUUGGUAAUGGAGUUUUUUUUGUUUGCCCCGCCCAUAUUCCUAAUACUUUCAUACGUCCUAUCGUUUCAUUCAGCUUGAGUCUGGAAUUCAUGUGAUACAUUUUCAUAAUAUUCCAGUAGCGUAACACGGAGACCAUUAAAAAUCUUCCAAAACAAACAUUUUUAUCUCCAAUGAUGCUUGAGGAAUCUUUAACACACGUGUCAAAGUCAAAGCUUGGGGGCCGUAUCCAGCCCCCCAGAUCAUUUUAUAUUUUUGUUGUUAACGGCCAAAUGUUAUCUUGCGCUAGUAACAUAUUGAAACAAAUUCUUAUGCCCAACUCGCCACAUAAUGACAGUUGGUUAAGGAUCCAUCCCCGUCAAAAUUUGAUGUUUUGGGUGUCCCCAACUUGUGGUUUUUUGACGUUCUGGCUGUUCCAAUUAAAUCAGGGGUCACGGACCAGUACUGGUCCGGUACCAGGAUGUAGACCGCACCGGUAUCCUAACCCUAAUCUUUACCCAGUACCGGACAGUCGGGACUGAAUGCGGAUUAGUACCAGCUCUGGACGCUGUUCCAGACACGGACCAGGCUAGGGUUAGUGUACCAAGUUAGGGUACCGGUACCGGCCAUGUCCCGAAGUUCAGUCCGCGUUAAAAAGUUACGUUUUUAAAUUUCGUUGAAAGUUUAUCGUGUUGGGCCCGCUACCUAGGGUGUUUUGGAUUUUGGCCCCCUGGGAGAUUGAGUUUGACACUCCUGAUUUACGAGGACCUUAAAUGUGUAGGUGGGACUAAAGGUUUUUUUUUUUUUGUGGCCUCUUACUGAAGGUCAAAUCUGAACAUAACUUUGGAUGUGAUCAAAGACUCACGCCAUGUGUGUAAAAUUUCAUUGAGAUCCCUCAAAGUAAAGUUUUCUUUGCUCAUAUUGUGGUAGAAUGUGGAAAUUGCCAAAUUUCAGACUUUGCCACAACAUAUCCUGAAAUCCCUGACAAGUAUGUUUUGGUUUUGUUAUCGGAUUUUGAAAUAUUUUUGGAGCUCCAUAAAAGCUUUUGGCUCCAUUCCUUGAUUCCUGCUAUGUUAACAUUUUUUUUGUCAAUUAUUUAUUAUCAUCUGGUACUAAGUACGUGUAAAUCUAUGCGAGUUUUUGAGUGUGGCAGGGAUCUAAUUCUACUCAAGCAUGCAGUAAAUUGUGAAAACAAUCUGGCUCUUUAAGUCCAGGUGUUAGGAAUAGGUGGUGGAGGACCCAAACGCAGGAGAUCGGGUGAGGUGGCAGAAAAGUAAAACUUUAAAUAAAUGAACUGAAACAUGACAAUCAAAGAAACCCAUGGGAGAAACAAAAAGGUGGCAGAGCAGAGAAGAACAAAGCAGAUGACAUCACAAGGAAAAAGUGAAAAGCAGACACUUAAAUAGACUGAGGGUAAUUGGCAAAAAUGAAGACAGCUGUGGAUCAUGACAAACCUGAAACUGAUGUAAUUGAGGGACAAUCCAAAACAGAACAUGACCAAAACCCAUAACAUAACUGAUAAAAACCAAAUCAAAGUCCACAAUCCUCACAGUACCCCUCCUCCAAAGGGCAGAUCCCAGAUGUCCCAAAUCUAAAUACUUGGCGGGAGGGGACAUGGAGAAAAAAAAAAACAGUCCAGAAAACAUUCAGGGUUCUUGCAGCCAGACGGAUGUGAGGGGUAUCAGAACCUCUCCUCAAGAACAGGCAUGAAGGGGAGCAGUCUCCUCUGGAGAAGGAAAUACAGCCAAGGGGGAAGAGUGGCGACCAUUCUCGGGGACAGGAUGACGACCUGUUCGUUGCUCCCAUGGUUUUUUCCGUUUAUUAAUUAAAUAUUUUACUUUUAUGCCCCCUUACCUGGUGUCCUGCGUUUGUGUCCACCUCCACCACUACCUGACACCAGGACUGCUGUGGGCCAUAAAGAACCAGAGUGCAAGGUCAUGGUUAGUUAUUUUUCCUUAUGCAUGCCCCCCAUGUAAAAAAAAGUCUUAACUUUGAGAGGAAAAAAAAGUCCAAAAGCGCACGUCACUCCUUUAUCUGAUGUUUGUAGCUUUGACUUUUUGGUGUUUGCGGAAAGGACAUUUCACUAAACCUUUGAUUAGGUUUAUCAAAUCCUGUAAUGAAAUCAUCAGAUGAGAUGUAUCAGCGUGCCCUUUUGGAGAGACACAAAGUGUAUUUCCCACAACCCAGCAAACGUCCGUCUUUUACAGCAACUUUUAAAGCUCUGUGAUGAGGAUUGCACACAAAUAUGUGAAAAGCUGCUGUGUGUUGAUAAUUGUAAAGUUGUCAAUAAAGUCUUUGUUCCAUGAGAA